UAUGUGACAGGUGCUACAGAGAAAAUGUUUUCAUCCACAUUUGCUAGAGGUCUUAAAAUUUCUGCUGGUCUCCCAGUGUCGGAGGACAUAGGAGGUACAGUGUUUGCAAUCCCUUGGGGGCUGGGGAGCGGAGGCUCUCUCCCGUUGUCCUGGGUCUGUGGCAGAGGCUGCUCCCAUCCCCCUGCUGUGAGGCAAUCACACCCCCUGCUGUGGCUGUAAGGUGAGGCGGGCCCACCCCCCUCACUGCUGCUGCGGCAGUCAGGAGGGAGGCAGGGGGAGGAGGGGGAUGUUGGGGCUGCCGAAGGGACAAAGGGAUUGGGGAAAGGGUAUGGAGUAGGGGCGGGGAUCAGGGAGAAGAAAGGGUUAUGGGAAGAAGGAAUGAGCACAUGGUCAGCGCCAUUGUUCUCCAGCACGUGGAGUGUGGGUCCCAGGGGACCUGCAGCAUGGCCAGAGCCCUGUGGAGUUAUCCCACCCCUGGAUGAGUCAGCCCGAGAAAAACCCGGGGCGAUUUUUGAUGAAUCUGCCAAAAAAGAUGAGGAAGUUUUUCGCAUGGCAGUUGCUGAUCUCAAUCAGAAUGAUGAAAUCUUACAAACAGAGAAAAUCACAUGUUCAGUGACAUUUGUGGAUGGCAACAACCCUUUCCAGGCUGUUCAGGAAGCCUGUGACCUGAUGAACCAAGGCAUCCUGGCCCUUGUCAGCUCCAUCGGCUGCACGUCAGCAGGAUCCCUGCAGUCUCUGGCCGAUGCCAUGCACAUCCCUCACCUCUUCAUCCAGCGCUCCAUGACAGGAACGCCAAGGAGCGGCUGCGGGCUCACCAGGAGCAACCGCAACGAUGACUACACGCUCUCCGUGCGGCCCCCUGUCUACUUAAAUGAUGUCAUCUUGAGAGUGGUCACAGAGUAUGCCUGGCAGAAGUUCAUUAUUUUUUACGAUAAUGACUAUGAUAUCCGUGGAAUACAAGAAUUUUUAGACAAAGUAUCUCAACAGGGAAUGGAUGUAGCCUUACAGAAAGUAGAAAACAACAUCAGUAAAAUGAUCACGGGGCUCUUUGCCACUAUGAGAAUAGAAGAACUGAACCGCUACCGGGAUACCCUGAGACGGGCCGUUCUCAUAAUGAACCCUUCCACAGCCAAAUCAUUCCUGACAGAGGUUGUGGAGACUAAUUUGGUUGCUUUUGACUGUCACUGGAUCAUUAUAAAUGAGGAAAUAAAUGAUGUGGAUGUGCAGGAGCUGGUGAGAAGGUCAAUUGGAAGGUUAACAAUUAUUCGACAGACAUUUCCAGUCCCCCAAAACAUUAGCCAGCACUGUUUCCGUGGCAACCACAGAAUAUCUUCAUCACUGUGUGAUCCGAAGGACCCUUUCUCCCAAAGCAUGGAGAUUUCAAACCUGUAUAUAUAUGACACUGUCCUCCUGCUGGCAAAUGCCUUUCAUAAGAAGCUGGAGGACAGGAAAUGGCACAGCAUGGCCAGCCUCACCUGCAUCAGGAAGAACUCUAAACCCUGGCAAGGAGGGCGAUCAAUGUUGGAAACCAUCAAGAAGGGUGGAGUGAAUGGCUUGACUGGAGAACUGGAAUUUGCAGAAAAUGGGGGGAAUCCCAAUGUGCAUUUUGAAAUUUUGGGGACAAACUAUGGAGAAGAUCUUGGCAGAGGUAUCCGCAAGCUUGGCCGCUGGAAUCCCGUAACUGGUCUGAAUGGGUCACUAACAGACAGAAAGCUGGAGAACAACAUGCGAGGAGUGGUUCUGCGUGUGGUGACCGUGCUGGAAGAGCCUUUUGUUAUGGUGUCUGAAAAUGUUCUGGGAAAACCAAAGAAGUAUCAGGGUUUCUCAAUAGAUGUGUUGGAAGCCUUGGCCACUUACCUCGGCUUUAAAUAUGAAAUCUAUGUAGCACCAGAUCACAAAUAUGGGAGUCCUCAGGAUGAUGGGUCGUGGAACGGCCUGAUAGGAGAACUGGUGUUUAAGAAAGCUGACAUCGGGAUCUCUGCCCUGACCAUCACCCCCGACAGGGAGAAUGUGGUAGACUUCACGACACGCUACAUGGACUACUCGGUGGGCGUGCUGCUGCAGAAGGCAGAGAAGACAGUGGACAUGUUUGCCUGCCUGGCCCCGUUUGACCUCUCCCUGUGGGCCUGCAUUGCUGGCACGGUGCUCUUAGUAGGGCUCCUUGUCUACCUCUUGAACUGGCUCAACCCCUCACACCUUCAGAUGGGAUCCAUGAUAUCUACAACUCUCUACAACUCCAUGUGGUUUGUCUACGGAUCCUUUAUGCAUCAAGGAGGAGAGGUUCCAUACACAACCCUGGCAACCCGACUGAUGAUGGGAGUCUGGUGGCUUUUUGCUUUGAUUGUCAUCUCCUCCUACACGGCCAACCUAGCAGCUUUCCUCACCAUCACACACAUUGAGAACUCCAUCCAGACUCUCCAGGAUCUCUCAAAGCAGACGGACAUUCCGUACGGCACUGUCCAGGACUCGGCCAUGUACGAGUACGUGCGGGUGAAAGGGAUGAACCCCUUCGAGAGGGACAGCAUGUACUCCCAGAUGUGGCGCAUGAUCAACAGGAGCAACGGCUCCGAGAACAACGUCCUUGAGUCUGCAUCAGGCAUUCAGAAGGUGAAAUAUGGGAACUACGCCUUUGUGUGGGACGCGGCAGUGCUGGAGUACGUGGCCAUCAACGACGCUGAGUGCUCCUUCUACACGGUCAGGAACACUGUCACGGACAGAGGAUACGGGAUCGCCCUGCAGCAUGGAAGCCCCUACCGAGACAUCUUCUCACAAAGGAUUCUAGAGCUGCAGCAGAAUGGCGACAUGGACGUACUGAAGCAUAAGUGGUGGCCGAAGAACAGUCAGUGUGAUCUUUACUCAUCUGUGGAUACCAAACAGAAAGGAGGUGCCCUGGACAUAAAAAGUUUUUCAGGUGUUUUCUGCAUCCUCGCUGCAGGGAUUGUCCUAUCCUGUUUCAUUGCAAUGUUGGAAAUGUGGUGGAAUAAAAGGAAAGGCUCCCAAGUUCCAUCAAAAGAGGACGACAAGGAGAUCGACCUGGAGCACCUCCACAGGCGCGUGAACAGCCUCUGCACAGAUGAGGACAGUCCCCAUAAACAGUUCUCCACCUCAUCGAUUGACUUGACCCCGCUGGACAUUGACACUUUACCCACACGUCAGGCACUGGAGCAAAUCAGUGACUUCAGGAACACUCACAUCACCACAACCACUUUCAUACCAGAGCAGAUCCAGACUCUAAGCCGCAGGCUGUCUGCUAAAGCCACCUCGGGAUUCUCCUUUGGCAGCAUGCCCGAUCACCGAACUGGCCCUUUCAGGCACAGGGCACCCAACGGGGGCUUUUUCAGAAGCCCCAUCAAAACAGUGUCAUCUAUCCCUUACCAACCAACUCCUACCCUGGGCCUGAAUAUUGGUAGUGACCCAGACCAAGGCACUUCCAUAUGAGCAUCAGAACAAGUUUCUUCACUGUUUCUUAUUUAAGACUCCCUUUACAAGGAGCAGCUGUAAUACUGUGGGACUAACAUGGAUGUAACCUUUCUUCUUUUCCUUAGUUUUUGGUUUUGAGGGUUGGGUUUUAAUUCAUUUGGGGGUUAUUUUCUGUUCAGGGGUUGUUUUGGGGGUUUUCUCUUUAUUUUAUUUAAGAAUCAGAAUUAUUAAUAGCAACUCUUCCUCCUCCUCUUCUCUGCUUUCUCAAUCUGGUCUCUUCUGCCUCCCCUUAUUCUCUGUACUACUUGAAUCACUUAUUCUUUGGCUUAUCACCGUGUUAGGUUUUGGUUACUUCAAGCUUUUCAUAUACUUUAAAUAUAGGAAACUGUUGCUAUGGUUUUCGGACGGCACAGAAAUAACAACAUGACUCUCCAUGAUGGUAAAGAUGAGAGCAAACUUUAUUCUUCUAAAUUCUACUUUUAUAGAGUAGUUCGGUACAAAGAACCUGAUUGGUUAUUCAGCGUCUACACUCUUUUGUAAAUAUUUCUUUCCAGUAAACAUGUUGGAAAAACACCACCUGCAGAUAGUUUCUCACUUCCCAAGGUUUGUUUGAAUUCCUCUUUAAGAUUUCUCACCCUAACAUGAGAAAGUUGUUCGCCUGCCUUUCACACAGACAGUAGCACAGCCUGAAGCCUAAAUUCAGACCAAUGUCAGGCCCACAGGAAACGAGCAGCAAUUCAUGCAUAGGAAAACCCUGAGGAUUACUUUACAGAAGGGCAUUCGCUCCUCCUCCCCCACCACCUUUUUCUAUUAUAAUUGCAAUAACUGAAGUAUUUUUCAUGUACUCUGCUGCAUCCAGUCAGUGCUCCACUGCUGUGUCCUUUUAACUGUGGACCAAAGGCAAACCCUGCAGUUUAAAAAACUGAAAAUUAAAAAAAAGGCAAAAAGACAAAAAAACAGAAAUAAAAGGAAAACAAAUGAAGUUCAAAGAUCAUUCAGGCCCCAUAAUAUAAGAAUGCAAUUUUGUAAGAUUACAAAAAGCCAUUACUGUGCCAGUAAAGACUACAGUUAAAUCUACUUUUGCACUGCAACAGUGCAUAUGACCUUUAUGUAAUUGUAUAGUAUUAAAAGUUUUUCUUAUGUACAGUAAACUGUGUCAUGUGGCAGAAGCCUCUGUUGUGUUAAAUAAAUUAGUAUCUCAUACAUAUAUAUAUAUAUAUACACACAUAUACGCACAGGUAUGUGUACAUAUAUAUACAUGUAUAUAUAGCUAUAAAAUGGCUGCUGUUGCUAUUGUAAUUCAUUUAAUAAAGCUUUAGUAAAAAUGUGUUGUAUACAGGAGUGAUGUACAGUGCAGGGUGUCUUUUCAUUUAGAAAAGACAGGUUGCUUUAACAUUAUUCUGACUUGCAUCGUUUGCCAACAAAGCAUAUUUUAUACUUUUCCAUUAGAGCAUCUAAGGCAAUUUAACAUUUGUACCUAGAUGUAACUCCUUUGGUUAGGUUUUGCAUUGGCUUUUGAGCAUUCUAUAAGGCUAAUCUUGAUAAUUGUCCUUUUAAUUAAUUAAACAAAUGGAACUCUCUCUUAGAUAUACCAUGUUCAUGAACAACUCAUAUAGAUCUAGAGCAGUUAAACAUGGAUCAAAGGUCAAUAAAUCCUUUUCCAAGUCAGCAUAGUUGAUCAAUACAAUAAUGGCAUUAGUGGAGGAAAAAAAAAAGCCCUUAUGAUACACAGAUGUGGCCUUAAUUGUAAUCAUAUAUUGUUCUAAGGGAAAAAAUAUAAACUGGCACUCAGUUUAAUCCUUUCUAAGUUAAGUUAGAUUUAGAGGAGCUAUAUAUUUUUUACAUUAGUGCCAACUAUAUAAAGCAAGAAAAAAACCAGCAGUGAGAGCAAAAACCGGUGCCCACUUUAGCACCAGCUUUUUCAAGUAACACUGUUACCUGUUAGAAAUGUAGGAAGAGCUUUCAAUUUGUAAUCCCUAAACUAAAAAUGCGGUUAAGUAGAAAGCAAGCGGUUUCUCCUGUGAGUUUUUUUGUUUGGUUUUCUUUUUAAUGCAACCAUAUAUACACUUAUUUUAAUCUAACUCAUUCUUUGGCUAAGAUUAAUAGGAAUCAGCCUAUGUGAUUCGCUUUCGGAUAAAUUAAAAGUUAUAUUCUUCAGAUCUAUUCUAUUUUGAUGCUAAUUCUGUUCUGGGGAAGCAUCUUGUACUGUCACUAUUUUUUGUACUAAAUCUUCAAAUACUGUCUACUGUGUAAGGCAGAACAAAUUCUUAUUGUGCAAAAGGCCAUUUUGUUUCCAGGGUAGCAAGUGUCUGAAAGCAUGCACAGCUUGCUUCCCCCUUGUAACAUUCAUGAACUCAUCCACACUUCUGAGUAAAAGAAAAAAAAAAAGGAAAAAAAAAUUCUUUCCAACAAGCUACAUAGGGACAUACCAGAUGUUGCAGUGAUUUUAGCUAUUAAAAACCUGUUAACCAUGUACAAUAUUUAAAAUAGACCUAUUUUGAUGUGUUGCCUAUUAUACAGAUACACAAAACACUUCUGGGAGCCCUCAGUUACAAUUGGCAGAGCUUUCUGUGUAUAAUUUGUCUAAAUAAUUUGUCUAAUAAAAUUGUUUUCUAAACUUGCGUUUCUGUCGCGGUGCCUUUAAGAGAACUCAGUCUCUCUGCCUGCCCAGGCUAGCUGAGGCACCACAGCAGGCUAAAGGGUACAGCUAGGCAAGUCACACAAGCCUGCUGAUCCCUGUGAGUUCUUGU